GGAGCCCGGUGCGGCCGCAGCGCAGCCGCUGCUCGCCUUCAGGCCACGGCGGCCUAGGUGCAUUUUCUCGGUGCAGAUGAAGUGAUAAUGUCAGGCUCUCCGGCAGCACCCGUGUCACCUGGUAUUGGAGAUCAUGGCUGCUAAGAAACUAAGAAGAGCGAGGUUGUCUGAAGAGCUGUGUGAAAGGCUGAGUCGGUAUCAGAUAACUACGUGUCAGGACUUUUUAUGUCUUUCCCUCUUGGAGCUAAUGAAAGUGACAGGACAGAGCUACUAUGAUGUGCAGAAGCUUCUUUGUAAAGUCAGCCGAGCUUGUGCUCCCAAAAUGCAGACAGCUUAUGAAAUGAAACUGAGGAAGUCUGUCAAUCCCUCUUCAGCCUUUUUAUCUACCACACUGCAUAGUUUGGAUAAAGUCUUGCAUGGUGGAGUGCCUUGUGGAUCCCUCACAGAGAUAACUAGCCCACCAGGUUGUGGCAAAACUCAAUUUUGUAUUAUGGUGAGUGUUCUGGCUACACUGCCCGUAAGCAUGGGAGGACUAGAUGGGGCUGUUAUAUACAUUGACACAGAGUCUGCAUUCAGUGCUGAAAGGUUGAUUGAGAUAGCAGGAAGCAGAUUCCCUACUUAUUUUGACUCAGAUGAAAAGCUGUUCUGCAUGACCAGUAGCGUUCACCUGUAUCGAGAGCUGACUUGUGGCGCUGUACUGAAUAGGAUUAUGUCUUUGGAAGAAGAAAUUAUUUCAAAGAAAGUUAAACUCAUAAUUAUUGACUCUGUUGCUUCAGUUGUCAGAAAGGAGUUUGACACAAAACUCCAAGGCAACCUGGCAGAGAGAAGUAACUUUUUGGCAAGAGGAGCAUCAGUGUUGAAGUAUUUGGCAGAGGAGUUCUCAAUACCAGUUAUCUUGACGAAUCAGAUUACCACAUCGUUGAGCAAUGGCCUUGCCAUCCAGGCAGACCUGGUGUCUCCAGCUGAUGAUUUGUCCCUGUCUGAAGGAGCUUCUGGAAGUGGGAAGAGGGAAUCAGGUUAUGUGACAGCAGCCCUUGGCAACACAUGGAGUCACAGCGUCAACACCAGGCUUAUACUACAAUAUCAUGACUUGCUGACAAGAGAGCUCCUGGUUGCUAAAUCCCCUGUUGCUCCAUUCUCCUCUUUUUUCUACACCAUUGAGAAAUCAGGCUUGGUUCUUCAAGAUGGAAGGGAUCAAACAAAUUUAACCCGGGAAGGAACCAAUCCUGCCCUGCAGACCAUACGAGUGAGGAACACUGCCUUGAAAGAUACUUUACUUGAUGCUGCUUUACUCAGCAUCGCUGGUGAGACUCCGAGCAAUACCUCCAAUCUCUAGAAGGGACAAAUGAAAAUGAAACCUCCGCUAAGAGAUGAUGAAUGACAACCUUGGUUUUCAAAAAUCUGGUGGAGCAGAUAGGGAGCAUUCUUGGUCUCUUUAAGGACUAACUUUAAAACCAAGUGCUGUUCUUUGUAUGUGUGGGGCCAUAUUUAAAUCUGAAUUUUUUGUGCAAAUCCUGUCUUUUGUUCAGCUCAAUUUAAGUGACAUAGUAAUAAAAGCCUCUGAACAACACACAUGCUGCUGAAGAAGCAUAGGCCACACAUGCAUUCCUAAUUCACUCCAUCACCUCACCAAUCUGGAGGAACCAACAGUCAAACACACAAGAGUGCUUGGUGUCCACAGCCCAUAAUAUAGUGAAAUGUUCACUUCUACUUUUUAAGAGAAACGAUAAACCCAGUCAUUGGCUUGAUUAAGAAGCAAUAGUUCAGUGAGCUCUUAUUCCCGUAACUCACCUGAAAAUCAUCAGAGAUGAUGUAACAGAAUUGCUAACAGCCGGGUUCUGACAGUUCAGAACAGGAGGAGAGCAGGUAGGAAUCCAAAAGGUGGGAAGGUUGGUGUGUAUUACAGCUGCUUAGCUUCCUCUGUCUUCAAAGCACCUUUAAAGUAUUCACAACAUGACUGCAAACCACAGAACUAUUUAUUCACCUUAUAGACUUAGAGAAUGUAUGACUUGCUCAAGGCCGCUGAAGGCAUCGCUGGCUGCUGUGAUCAGGAUCAGGUUGUUCCAGCUCUCAAGCCUCACAUCCCUAAGGGAGAGCCACGGGUUCAGUCAGAGCCAGCUGCCGAUGCACAGUCACCAUUGGCCUGAGAGGCCGGUUCUGUCCUCUGCAGCCCCAGGGAAAGCCUCCCUUGAGCAACCUCUUGAGAAGCAAGAGUAACCUGUGCAGAAAUAUGGGAGGUCUGGAGUACUGCUGAAGUGGCUGUAGGUAACCCAGCGAGGAAAUGGGCUGUGGUGAGGCCACCUGUGGCAGUGAGGCAAGCAGAUUGCCAUCUCCAGUUUGCUAGGCAGGCUUUGGGUGACAAGAGAGUUCCCAGGGAGCACAUGGCCCCUCGUACUGCACACCCUUACCGUGGCAGUGCAAGAGACUGAUGGGAUGGGAUGGCUGAUGGGAUGUGGCAGCUGAUGUCGCGUCCCUCCCAGCCACCAAACGGGAAGGCGUGGAGAGGGCUACUCUGCAGCUACCUAUUUACAUGCCUACUCACACAGCUCUGGGCUGUCCUUUAGCAAAGAAGUUUCUAUCACAACAAGGAAGCUACUCCAUUUCAGUAAGCUACUUCUAAAAGCUAAUAUGUUUCACCUUGGGGAAGAGCAAUUCUCCAGCUUUAAUGUUACCAGUUUUGUGCUUUGAAGAGACCUUUGUAAAUUUAAUUUUUAUUUUGUUUUAAGUAAAGUUUAGAUUUUCCUCUUGACAAUGUUGCACUACCGACCAUCCAGUCAAACCCUGCUAAACUUGCUUGUAGCCAUUUUAUCUGGGUAUCUUGUAAAUAUUUGGUAGAGCACUCAGACACAGAAGUCUUUUUUGCUCUUACAGUCACAUGCCUGGUUCCAGGAUCUUUCAGAAGCACAAAAGGCUGAAGGCAGGGAAAAUUCCACUGAGAUGCAUUCGAGUCUCCAGGGAGCAACUACACUCUGUUAAGACUAAAAUUUCUCAUUGCUGUCUCUCCUUUUUUAAAAAAACAUUUAAGGGUAGAGAGGGAAAGCUGGAGGGUAGGUUUUUAUUAUUAUAAACACUGAAAUGCAAGCACUGUUUCACUUACUUCUCUCAUAUUGCAGGACCAUUUGCAGUUGGAGAGGGAGAUAAGCUUUUUAAUGCUCUCUGCGCUACCUGGGAAAUUUCCAUCCAAGUUCUAAAAUGUUUUACAAACAUUCCUGAAUUAAAGCUUAAUCCCCUUCUCCUCAGCCCCAUGAAGCAAGUACUAAAUACACUUUAAAGACAGGGCUAAUGAGACUAAAAAUGUUGGGCCUUGCCUGAAGUCACAUGGGCAGCGUGGCAACAGGACUCGGGUUCUGAGUCCCAGCUUUCUACUUUACACCAGACAACACACAUUCCCUCCCUUUUCAAGGCUUGCUGUUCUUCCCCUUCUGGGAUAUAGUGGAAACAUGCUGGCAUCACACCUUGAGAUAACCUUGUUUUUUUCCCCCUUGGAACAGAGAGACUACUCACAGCUCCUGUCUCAUGGGUUAAGAUGUUGAAAGAUCGGAGAGGGAUGAGAGGUGCGGAGCCGGUGGGCGAAGCGGGUCACUGCUCUGUCUGCCUUGGGCAUCAUCUGCCUCCACUGCUGCCAGUGGACUCGGUGUACUAUUGGGAGCAACCUCAAACAUUUUUGUAUGUGCUUCCAUAUAAUAUUCAGGCAGGACUGUGGUAAAAAUGCCAUAAUCAAAGGGAGAACUUGUCUGACAAGAAAAUUGGACAGAUGAGCCAUUAAGUCACUCCUAUAUUGAACAUAUGUGAUUUCAUUAUACUUCUGUAUGUGACCUGCAUGUCUUUCUGCUUCUUAUUAUCAGAAUCCUAUAACUACUGCUGCUGCCAUCUCUUCCACCUUUUCAGAAGAGAGAGAUAAUCCAUCAACCAGUUCCUCUCCAGUGGUGUGAGUCAGGUUUUUACCAGAGAGAUUAAUGGUCAGUUGAAGAGAGUUGUUCCCAACAGGGCUGAGCAAAAAGCAACAUGCACAUGAGUCAUGAAGUGGAAGAGAAGGAAACAAAUCUAUAAAUUUUAAGGGUUUGAGUUAAUUCUUUUCCCUUAGCUUCCCUUGUCCACACUGAUCAAUAACCAGAUGUGCAAAAGCUGGAAAUGUAUUGACAGUGGCUGAUGUAAGUGGGACUGAGAGUUUCUCCCACUGUGCAAACAAACCUGAAGUCAGUCAGCCCCCAAAACCAGAUCAGUGUGUACCAGCUAUUUCAGCCCUUGUAGGUGAGAGGGAAGAAAAAUCAAAUCACAGUGCAGCAGCCUCCUCCUGUCUCUCCUGUGGCCCUGCAGUGUACCCCAGCACUGGUGCCUUUGGCCUCUUCACGCUGUUACCUUCUACGACAAGGCCCCAGCGCUGGUCCCUGGGCACAGUUCUGCUGCACCCUUCCCUGCAGAGGAUCCGGAGGCACUGCACAGUGCUCAGUUCAUUCCCCGCUGAAAGGCAGCCAGGCCUGAGGUGGAACAUGGCAAGCACUUCGCUGUGCCUGGCAACUCCACGCAGCUGCUGAAAACAACCAGGGGAGAAAGCGGUGUACAAACGCUGAGGAAUUUUCACAUAGGCAGGAUGUAAUUAGCAGAGCUGGAAUUUGGCCAGGACUCUGGGGUUAAAACAUUGGCUUGCAGGUAACACACUGGGAUCUUUCAUAAUUCAAACGCUCAGGAUCUCCCAUUUCCAUCUUAACCUGGAAGAUGUCAGAUGACCAUUCCCUAUUUAAUGUUUCUGGGCAGCUCUCGCACUCCUGACAAAAAGGAAAAAGCGUCUAAUGCUGCGGCACCUGCAGUGCUUCUCCACCAGCAACUGCCCACCAUGAACAGCAGCUGAAAGGAUCACAUCCUGACAGAGCUACAGCUGCAUCGUGGUAAAACGCCACAGCUGCCUCCAUGCCUUGGCGUUCACUUCACCCUUAACUCUCUUUACUCAGAAAGAAAAGAUGAUGAAAUUAGGGCAGCCCCUCACUCAUAAAACACGAGAGAGGACAUUACCAUUAGGUGAUACUUCAACCUUAUUCUCUGCCACUUGAAAUAUUACCAAAUCAGUAUCAGACGACAGAAUUAGAUGAAGCACUUCUUCCCAGUGCAGAUGAGUGAGCUUUUCCAACUGACCUUGCUGGUAAUACAGAGAACAUUAAGAGCUCAUGCCUCCUCCUUCCUUACAGCAGAGAAAUCACAUUCAAAACAGCAAAACAUUUCUUUUCCCUUCAUGAUCUCACUUUCCGUAUAAGCAAUCUUUGUGUUUACUACGAGGAUGUUGAAAGUCCAGAAAAGGUCAGGGAAGUCAUUCACGAACCUCACGUGUGGAAAGUCCACAUGAUGUUUCUACUAUGAUGUGGCCCACAAUCUGAAAUGUAAAUAAUUGCAAACCUUUAAUUCCUCAUCCGUCAGACCUACAGACUGUAUACAGUUUGAAGAGCUGACUUCCUCCCUGUGGUGCAAGCAAAACAAGAGGCAACCCUGCCAUCUGAGAAAGCAUGAUCUCUGCAUCAGUCAGUCAUAAUAAAAGGAUCCCUCCUAUGCCUGUGAGGGCUCCCUGUAUCAGCUUUUGAUUUGCUUGGGGAUUUUGUAUGUCCAAGCUGCCAUGCAAGACCCCCUCUUUGUCAAGUGUUGCUUAUUACAAUCACCAACCAAACUUGCUGAGAGCACCUCAGUCAGUGGGAUAACAAACCUACAGACUGACUUGAACAGCAGAGUGAGCUGGAGAGAGUAAAGUACAGCUGCAGGCAACAGGAAAUCCAGCACUAAUAAAUAAAACGUCUUAUAGCCAGAAAGGGGAAAUAAACAGCAGCAGCACAAACUGCGAGGACAGAAGAGAGGAACACAGCAUAACUGCGGUGCGGGAAUCACUGCAUUACAGUGAGCUUAUUUUUACAGAACGUUGUCCCAGUUUGUUAUGUGUGCAGACUGCAAAAAUAAAGUGGGGGAGUGGGAGGACUGCUCAAAGAGAGGGUCUCUAUCACAAGAAGUUGUCAACAACCACUGUAAUUAAGGAAGCAGCCAGAGCACACACAACCUGAGCUGCCGCCAAAGUGAAAUGAAAGCAUUUUUUGUUUGCAGCCGUAGCCCUGAAGGAUAAUAAAAGAUGGUUCUACCAUGCCAAGUGAGGAGCUGCAGGGACACCGUUUCUAGGCAGCGAAUGCCCUGCUCCCAUCUUUCCAAAAUUGCAUGCUGUGGGGAGGCAGCGAGUUACGCUUUCUAUGUGCACUUCCGAAGCAUGUGCCCGCAAACCCCAUCUGAUGGCAGCAGCUGCCUUGGGGGGCCAGACAUCAGGCAAGUGAGCCUCCAGCCACCGUGGUGACGAUGGAGGUGGCACCCCCUGAGCUCUGCCCCCAUCCGAUGAGCUGUUCUGGCGCUGCUUGGUCCAGGCUGCCAAAUCAGCAACGCAUGGGUUUACCCUCACGCUCAGCCAUGGGUGCACCACGGCCCCAUGGCAUUGCCACCACCAGCAGGAGCUGCCGCAUUCAGAAGAGCUGCACCCCCUCUCUUUCAGAGGGUGGCCACGUUUAGGAGGCUUGCUGGUGCCUUGGCAAGGAGCUUUGUGCGCCACAUGCCAAAAUGGUACCCUGCUUGCUGCUGGUAGCAUCUGUGACCUGGGACGGCUGCAUGGCCUGCGCCGGUGUGGCGGCGGGUGCUGGGGAGUGGUGGGUGGGCUGGGGGAGCCGAGGGGGCCAUCACGGACCUUCUCGGCCAUGGGGCAGUGUCGUGGGGCUUUCACCAGUGGCUGUACAAACUUGUGUGCAGGUUCAGCGAAGGGAAAGAAAUCAUUCACAAAUCGCAUGCGUAUUUCUGAAUUCAUUCAUUGAGUGGCGUUUGCCUUUCAUCCUCCCCCCCGAGCCCUGUGCGCAUUGCUGGCAUUCUCUCCCAAUCCCAUAUAAUAAUUCCCAGGUCUCCACAAGCCACUGCCUGCCAGUGGAGCCCACGGUCACUGAACCGCCAGCCCGGUCACAUGAAAAGUUACAUGCAAAGGUUUAACACUUUCUCCUGACCCCAGCCCCAUUCCUGUGAAUCCCCUGCAGUGUUUUCCUAAUCAGGUGCCAGGGAGGCUUUGCACCGGGCAGGGUGCUAAGAAGGUGGCUAUUUAGCUGCAGCAUUUCCAGAGUCUUUGAGCUCUCUCCUGAGCUGUAAAUACAAGCAGUGGAGCCAGGUGAAUGUCUGACAAGGCUGCCAUUUAGACCUGAAUUAAGAAAAGAACUGCUGCUUUCCAACAAAAUGCAUAUUGCUGUUGCCCCACUUUCUCUAGCCCAACAGCCCUGCUAGUGGUUAAUUGCUUCAGCAGGGUAUGGUAAUCACUUCUUAAAGCCUGCAUACAGGGUACACAGCUACAGGGUUCACAGCUAUGAUCCAGCGUAAGUUUAACAUUGCCAAUAUGUUUAUUACUAGGGAAUCAAAAAGAAAAGACAGUCCUGUCCCUAAAGCCUUCCAUUACCAAAUCCUAGGUGAUGGUGCUGGUCAUUAAUACAUCACACAACCUGUGAAAGUGCCAAACAAUUUUAUUUUGCAUCCCUCCUACCUGUGAGACAUCAGAGAAAACACAUGCUUUUGGAGCAUCUCAAAUGGAAUUGAUUUUUUAUUAAAUAUAGAUGAAAAGCAGAAAUGUUCAAAAGCUGUUUCUGAUAUAUAGACAGUGAUAGUCGUUUCCUUGCUAUCGCUGUAAUGUGAGAAAGUACAAAAAUCUCCUGCAGAAAGAGUUCUUGUCCUCCACCUGAUGCUUCCACAUAGGAUCUCACGCAUGUGACAGUGUAUGAUUCAUGAAUUGCAGCUCGGCUUUGGAAAGCAUGGGAAUUGUGUCUGGCUUCCAGGGCCCACUGUUCACCUGGGUUUCACAUGGCCCACAGAAAGACGUGCCACUUGCACCUUCCAGCCAAUAGCUGGAUAAUCAAACAGCAUUUGGUUUCAGUUUGAGAGGUCUUUUUGGAGGGGAGGGGGCAGGCUGGUUAUGAAUUCCAACCUAUACAUGCAUUUUUGUGGGUUUAAGUGAAAAGAACCAUGGCAAAGUUUUAAGUUACGUCUAUUGUUCUGUUUUAAGCUCCAUCAUUACCAACAUAACUUGCAAAAACAACAAAAUAAUUGACAGUAUUUUUCAAAUUCUGUGUUUUUCUGAUGCAUUCAAAAGUGUAAGCCUCUUCUGCUUGACGGGCUGGCUGUUUGACUGUUGCUUUAUAUUUUAUUACAUUGCUUAAUUCUUAAUUGUAAGCCUCCAAGAUCAUAAAAUCUGAGUUCUAGUCUCAGUCUCUACACUCAAAUGUAACUACUGGAAAGUGGCUUGUAUAAGUCUUUAGUAUAUAUGGCAAUUAACAUACUCUGCUUAAAUUGGAUAUUUCCAACUCAAUCCAAACAAGAGACCUGAGAAAUCCUGCUUCUCCCAGGUGAGAGCAUACCUGAAAAAUAUAAGAAUUACUUUUCUCACUGAAAAUAAUUAAAGUACAUACAUAAAUACUGGGGUUUAAUCAGCAAGUGCUGACUGUUCAUUGAACGGAAAAAUGUAUU